UAUUUUCUAUGUAAAUUCUCAAAAUUCUUUUUUUUCUUUUAAAAAAAAAAUUCUCGGGCCAAAGCUUUAUAUUUGUUUGCACGUGCGAAUGACGUGCUUAGAGGUGGAUUCCGAAGUCUGUCUCUCUCCGCUUCGCCAUUACUUCCGUUUCAGGAAAAAUAGAACAAAGACAGCUACAGAGGACAGUUGGAAAUGAGUUCUGAAGCCUUGCAAGUUGCGAAGGUGUAUCGUAACCUCCUCAGAGCUGUCAAGAAGCAUAUUGGCAAGGAAGACACUAAAAAGCAUUUCAGAGAAUAUGUAAUAGAAGAGUUCAGGAAAAAUUCCAUAUUAUCAGAUAUCUCUUCCAUUGAGCAGAAAAUUAAGCUUGCCCGUGACUAUGCUGUUCUUCUUAACAGUGUACACUAUCACAAGGAUUUAUUGUUCUCUUACAACAUUGCUGUGGAUAGAUCAGAUGAGACAAAAAGAGUUCUUGGAAAAUCUGCUGCAAGUGUGGGUCUUCAACUUCCUGAGGUUUAUCAGCCUUAAAUAUGAUUGCUAUAAUACCAUUUUCUUUUUGCUGAUAACAUUUUAGUGCCCGUAGUCUUGCUUCUUUUGGCUACAGCAGCUAAACUGAAAGAUUUCUAGAAGUGAUUUUUUUUUCCCCCCUACUCUUUCUUAUAACCUCAUAAAGAAUGUUUUCUUGUGAAUUAAGGAGACAAUUGAGAGAGCAUUUUUCUUCUUUUUUUUAAAGCUCUGUUUUCCAAUGUAAUGACUUGAUCCUUGUCGAAAUGUAUUUACAACUGUUUUCUUUCUUUUUUUA